GGUAUAUAAAAAAUUGUGAUCAUGGGGUGGCAUACAUUAUCAGUCUCGCCUAAAUGAUUUCAAAAUAACUAAGAUGAUUUCAAAAUAACACAAACCUAAAUCCCAUCUAUCAGUCUCCCCUGUCUUGCAGCAGUUAGUCUCUCCUCGUACGUCCCAAAAAAAAUAAAUUCAGAGAGAGGGUCAAGAAAGAUGUUAGAUCCAACAAGCGAUAUGCUUCCACCUCCAUCUUCCCCUACCAACUCCUCCGUAUCCUCCUCCGAUCUUGACACUGAGUCUACAGGUUCUUUUUUCCACGAUAGAAGCACAACAUUAGGCACUCUAAUGGGCGUCACGUUCCCUGCCAUCACUUUCAGAGCACCAUCCCAGCACCUCCACCCCGCCGCCGCGUCCUUCGCCACCGACAACGUCGUGAACGGCGGAAGCCCCAGGAGGAACACCAAGAAGAGAAGGAACAUGGCGGCUUCUGCUGUGGCGGAGCGGAGGAGACGGAGGUGGUGGAGCCUGUGCCGAGAUGGAGGUGGGGCCAAGCCGGCUUCUUUGAGGGAGUUUCUGGAGGUGGAAAGGAGGUUCGGGGAUGCCGCGUUGGAACUUGAAGGCGUGAUGGUGGCAGAGCACCCGAGGAACGGAGGAGUGAAUGGACGGUUGUUGUUUGCUGAUGGAAGGGUCUUGCCACCUGCCGAUGUUGUCGAUGAUGGUAGUUCAUCGUCAUCAUCAACGGCCGGUGCUCAUUGGCGGUUUCCGGUUUCACUAACUGGGAUCUGUAGUGGUGGUGCUGGAUAACACAUAACUUCUUAAAAAUUGUUUCUUGGUUUUCCCUUUUCUUUUCAUCGAUGCUAUUUAGUUUUAUUUUACUUACUUAACUCCUUGUCCAAUUCGAUUUCUGUACAGAAACAAAAACCAUAGCUUUGG